CGCACGCGCAACAUCUCCGGCGCCCUCGGCCCCUUCCCCCUUCCCCGGUUUCCCCUUCACGAAGCCGGCUCUGGGGCGCGCUCACCCUGUGAGGAGCCCAGGGGCCGGACUCGGGGGGCGCCCUCUCCACGCCCGCACAAUUAUGUAUCACCCGAGCCGGAGGGCGGCGCGGCGCCUCGGGCCCUCCCUCCGCGCGUACCAGGCGGGACCCCAGGACCAGCUUUGUCCACGGACCCCCCCUUUCCCACCCCUUUGGUCCCACUGCACAGCAGCCACUUCCCCAUUGACUCCUCUUCCUCGGCCCCCCGCACCCCGCUGUCCCCCCAUCUGCUGCCCUGCUGGCCGGCCUCGUCCCCCACCUUCCCCACUGCCUCUCCCCCAGGUCCAGGUGCUUGCCUCCCCUUGGCUGGUUGUCCCACCCGGAAAGGGGGAAGAAGGACCAGGGCCUGAGCUGCACAGCGGCUGCCUGGAUGGCCUUAGGAGCCUCUUCGAGGGACCCCCCUGCCCUUAUCCCGGGGCCCUGAUGCCUUUCCAAGCACACAGGGCUGCCCACCCUGCCCCAGCCACCCGGCCAGGAGACCCUAGCAUGGAGGAGCACCUGGCUGUUAUGCAUGAGAGGCUGCGGCAAGAGCUUCCCAACCUAUUACUUCACUCCCACGACUAUACUUUGUAUUCACCGGACGUGGAAUUCAUCAAUGAGAUUCUGAACAUUCGUACCAAGGGCCGGUCAUGGUACAUUCUGUCACUGACUCUCUGCCGCUUCCUGGCCUGGAACUACUUUGCACAACUCCGGCUGGAGGUCCUCCAGUUGACUCGCCACCCAGAGAACUGGACCCUGCAGGCCCGGUGGCGGCUCGUAGGGCUUCCCAUCCAUAUGCUCUUUCUGCGUUUCUACAAGCGUGACAAAGUGGAGCUUUACCAGACCUACGAUGCCUACUCCACCUUCUACCUGAACUCCAAAGGCCUCAUCUGCCGGCAUCACUUGGACAAGCUGAUGCCAACACACUCGCCGACCUCCCCUGUGAAGAAGCUGCUGGUGGGUGCCCUGGUGGCACUGGGGCUGUUGGAGCAGGAACCCAGCCUACAUGUGUGCCCCAAGGCCUGAGCGGGAGGCUGGCGGAGGCCCUGAAGUUGUGCUGCGUGCGCACAGGAGCAGGGGCCAGGACCCCUGUCCGUAACGCUGCUGUGUAUUUCACUUGUACAUAAUAAAUUAAGUGUUGUAAAAAAAUAAAUAAAUAAAGAGUUGUG